AUGAAAUAUGGUCAGAAAUCUAAACGCACGAAAAAAGUGUCGGAAACCGAUGAACGUGUAUUGAUUCUCGGGGCUUCAACAUUAGACGGCUUGGGCGCUGAAUUUCUUCGGCAGUAUUUGGAACGUGGCGCGCGGCAGAUCGUGAUUGUAGGCCGCCGGAAACAAGCACUUGAUCAUGUCCGGCAUACAAUGCUGAAGCAGACAGAGGGACGCGGAAAGCGUCAUCCUCACGCACAAGUUUACGUCGUUCCCACAGAGCUCACUGAGACAGAGGGUGUCAUAAAACUACGCGACUUUGUGAUACAAAACCUCUAUGGGUUGGACACGCUGCAUAUUGUGUUUGGAGUCACUUCAAUUCUGCCGAUACUAGGUGUGGCCAACGUCGAUCCAUGCAAUGUUAAUGCGUCAGGCCAAGCCACAGCUUUCUUGCACGCAAGCAGAGAAGGUCUCGAUCAGAUUGCUCAGACCGUACAGCACAGCAGCGAUGGCAAUCUCAAAGGCACAGCAAUCGUUCUGGGGGCUAUGCUCCCAAUUUUACAAACAACAUCGGCAAAUCCAGCCGUUAUUACCAUCGGCUCCGUCGCUGGGCUUGUUCCUGCGCCUACGCGCGCUGUGUAUUGUGCCAGCAAAUCAUCGCAACAUUUUUUAAUCCGCUCGGUCGAGUUAGAAUGUGAAGCUCAAGCUGGAACACCUGUACCUGGGAGCGACAAGCGACGUGCACGAGUAAACUUUUUGCUCGUUGCGCCUGGGCCGAUCAAAAAUUCCUUCGUCGCAACGUAUGCUGUGGAUGCAACUACAGGUCCUCGAGAUAAUCGCGAGCGAGCACUUGAAGUACCUGAUGUUGUACGAGGAACACUUCGACGCGUCGAUGCUGAGCAGUGGGGAAUACUCGUUAUUCCUACGCAUGCUUUUGUGGGAUCGUUACUCGCUCAAUUCAAUGCUACGUAUGUACCAGUGCUAUGA